AACACUUCUCUCCUCUUAUUUCCCUCUUUUUCUCCCUGUCUCUCUUGGAAGAAUGCACGACCGGAACGCCCUUGUAGCAGAUUGCAUUGUCAUAUCAUGCUGCUGCCAGUGUUUGAUUCUCCAGGUCAUCAUCUUCAUCUUGCUCAAGCUCCCCUAUAGGAUGAUUAGGAGGACAAAACGGUAUGUGAAAAAUCUGAGAUCCCGAAUGAGCAAGGGGACGAAGCGUUUGCAGGUAAAAACGCAUCGUGGUGAACUCAACAUCAGGCAUUACAGCUCCGGAAGGUGGCGAGACGAGGGAGGAGGCUCGCAUAGGGUUCAUCAGGUUGACGGAUUGUUCCCGUUUAGUGGGUGUUGCAUGGAUGAAGUUGAGAGGGUAUUGGAGGAAUUUUCAUUGAAAGGGGAAUUUGCUUUUGGAAGCUUUUGGGGUGGUGAUGCACUGAUGCUGCAAUGCCAGUCAGUCAUAUUUACUUGCCAUACCAAACAAGAAGUUUACUGAUAUUGUCAUGGCUGGCCAUCUAGACACAUUUGAAUUUUUCCACUCCCAAUCACAGUUCUGAAAAACAUCAAGCUGGUGGAAUAAUUCUUCUAGUCCAGAUUCAGAUAAUAAAAAUUUAGAAUUCAAAGAUGACGUGGCGCUUAAAUUAGGUGGGGCCUUGGUCCCAUUGAAUUGUGUUUCCAUGGAUGUGCAAUAAUUGCGCAAGGACCAGUUUGGUCAAGACUAUUUGGUUGAUACGGUUGAGUUUGAUGAAGAUGGUUUGAUAACAUCCAUUUCACCAAACAUGUCUUAUACUUCCACAAUUUACUAUAAAAAUGUCACAUUCUAUAAAAUAUUACUCCGUACUACGUAAUAAAUUUGUUGGAAGGUAGAAUUUUAAAAUAUCAACUUUAAUGAAAUCUAUAUUCAUAUACAAUUAAAUAAAUCA